UUCACUCCAGACGUGAUUGUUAGCAUCGCCAUGUUUGGCUGGUAUAGCAUAGUGGAGUCGUGCCGACUAGGACCAUUAACAGCAAUAAAUACAGUCUCUUUAGAUACGUGUAGCUAUAGUUCUGAGAAAGUGUAUUUGAAGAGUUAUACUAGAAAGUGGUGAUUGUUGAAAUGAUGCUAACAGUGUUCUUAGUAAUAGCCACACUUCUGGACAGUGGCCUAGCAAUGCCAAACUGUCGUAACGGGGACUACAGAGUAAUAAUGUGCAAUCAGGUCCAACAGUGCAUCAACAAAGUGUGGACAGACAUACACUGUACAUGUGACCUCGCUAACACGCUGCAAACCAGUACAACCGCACAACCAUCUACAAACACCAUCUGCCCUACCAUUACACUAACAGAUACACCAAACACGGCAGUCCAACAAAUGGUCGUAGCAAUACAAGCCACACCCACACCCACCCCGUACCCUGACCCCUUUCAGGAACUAUUCUACGCCUGCCUCCCCCUACAGUCUCUCUACUUCAGCGUGAUGGCGUUCCUAUCUCUGCUAGCACUCAUACUAGCUAUAGGCUGGAUACACACGUGCAUAAUUCUAAAACACCGAAUCAAAAAGCUGCGACCACCAAUCAGUCCGAAAGGUUUAACAGCUAAUUUUGUCUUGGCUAGUACAUCAGAGGCAGUAGGCACGCUGGUAAGAGCACACCCCUACGAGAGAAUGAAGACUACUAAUGUUGACUCAGACUACAACCUUUUGAAAAGGGAUGAAAUAACUCCAAACGGACUUAAAAGUCCUAAACUGUCAAUUACCACAAAUUUGCCACCAGAUUACGAAUAUAAUAAGUUGGAAAAACCGAGUGACAAUCACGAAGAAGAGAUCGCCGUUGCUAUAGCUACUGAUGACAAUCCGGAGCAGAGAAUGUCAUGUGACUACGAUCACCUUGACGAUGACGCACUCCCCACAGAGCGCCCCCCGCAGAGAGACGACUACUACACACUAAAAGGGCCGAUCAAUCGCACGAACCGUCCCUACCACAUUGUGGAUAGUCCGGGGGUUGUAGUCAGAGAGAGGUCUAGGAGCAGAUGCAGUGACUAUAGUGUCCUAGUGGGACCAGGUAUGGCCAGUCACAGGACUCACACUACGAGCGAGCCCGCUAUUGGUAGUCAAGGAAACGACGACAUGGGUAGUCAAGCCAACGAAAUAAGAAUUGGUCAACGAAAUGAUUACCACGUUUUGGAAGGCCCGUUUCCGACUAAGCCUCCAGCACAAAAACGAAGAUCAAGCGAUUAUCAUGUUCUAGAGGGACCAUUUCCAGCCAAGCCUCCUCCACCAAUAACAAGGAGAUGUGAUUACUACAUGUUGGAAGGUCCAGGUAUGGCUAGCUAUAAGCACAGUGCUUCAGAAAACAAUAUAUUUGAACACUCGACACGUACAGUCGAAAAAAACCAGUGGAGAAUGAAUAGAAACUCUAACAAAGAAGCUAUCAGCAUUGAAACUAGUGCACAGGUGCAGCGUGCACUAGUAACAGACCAAGAGAACAGUAUUGGUAAUGCUACAGAGGUCACUUCCCCGCAAAGAAAGCAUCAAUAAUAUUC